AUGUCCCACCCAUACCUCAUAUCCAAAAUCGCCGACCCGCUCUUCGCACUCCUCAUCGGCUCCUCAUCCGCAUAUCUACGGAUUCAGCGGGAUCUGAGCGAGGAGAAACAACAAUCUACCAACACUACAGAUGCGUCUGUGCAGAGUCAGACUCAACAAGGCCGACCACCACAAGUCAAGGCGCAGGAGAUUUGGAGCUUGGGUGCUAGGAGGGUUGGGAUGUGGUGGAGGGGGGAGUUUAGCGGGCUGAAAUGA